UGUGUUGCUUGUUUCCUCAGGUGGAGGCGGACCGAGUUGUUGAGGGCGCAAAUCAAAAUGGCGAGCCAAGAAGAGUCUGUGGAGUCUGUGAGGGAAUUCGUCGCUGUUACUGAUGUGGACGAGGAGAGGGCCCGGUUUUUCCUGGAGUCCGCCGGUUGGAAUUUGCAGCUUGCUCUGGCCAGCUUCUUUGAGGAUGGAGCUGAUGACGACAUAGUGACGCUUCCCCAGCCUGAGGGGGGCUCCUCAGUGUCGAGGUCUGCCGGGCCGAGCACCCAGCCCAGAGUGACCUCCUUCAGAGAUCUGAUGCACGAGGCAGAGGAGGAGAGCGAUGAAGAGGAUGGCCAAAGGUUUUUCGCCGGUGGAUCACAGCACAGUGGGCAGCAGAUAGUUGGACCUCCCAAGAAGAAGAGUCCCAAUGAAGUGGUGGAGGAUUUGUUCAAGGGAGCCAGAGAACAUGGAGCUGUGCCUCUGGACAAAAGUGGUAGAGGACCUGGAGAGCCAAGCAAACCCUUCCAUGGCGGAGGCUACAGGCUAGGCGCAGCUCCUGAGGAGGAGUCAGCCUAUGUGGCCGGAGAGAGACGAGCCUCUAACAGCCAACAGGAUGUACACGUGGUGCUGAAGUUGUGGAAAUCAGGCUUCAGUCUGGAUGAGGGUGAACUCAGAAACUACAAUGACCCGGGCAAUGCCAACUUCCUCGAGGCAAUCAGAAGGGGGGAGAUUCCUCUGGAAUUGAGGCAGCGGUCUCGAGGAGGCCAGGUCAACUUGGACAUGGAGGAUCACAGGGAUGAAGACUUCUCUAAACCUAAGGUGGCCUUCAGAGCUUUUGGAGGAGAAGGACAGAAGUUGGGAAGUGCCACUCCAGAGCUGACCACACCUCCAGCCACCUCCCAGCAAGACCAGGCCGCUAACGAGGCCCAGGCCAGCACCUCCGUGAACCUGGACUCCUCUCAGCCCGUCACCAACAUUCAGAUCAGACUGGCCGACGGCGGCAGGCUGGUUCAAAGGUUUAACCAUACCCACAGGGUGUCCGACCUGCGUCAGUUCUUGGUCGCAGCUCGUCCCACCAUGGCUGCCAGAGAGUUUGUUCUCAUGACAACCUUCCCCAACAAGGAGCUGUCAGACGAGAGCCAGACGCUGCAGCAGGCCAACCUCCUCAACGCUGUCAUCGUCCAGCGACUACAGUGAAGGGGGAGAGUGAGAGCAACCCCCCCCCCCCCGGUGGUGUGGCUGAGUAACUUCAGCCCUGUGAAACCUGCUGCCCCUUCUGAGGGAGGAGAAAACAGACUUAUGUAUGGACUUCUAAUUUCUGAUUUUUUGUUUUUCUAAAGUGAAUAACAUCCUGUUCCCCAGACCCCUAUUCCCCCCCUCCCCCCUCUGAGGUCUGUGACGGGCAGUUAUGAGGGGGAAACUAAAAAUCUUCCAGAAUGGAAAAGAGAUAAAGAGCUGUUGAAGGCCUAGAGAGAUGAUUCUGUUGGGCUUCUGAUGGGGAAGUUAAUCUGACAGCAGCAGAUGGUUGAACCCAAUAAACACAGCAGCAGUCCAGCUUUCUGAAAACAUGUUGAGUCGCAGAGAUGUUCCCUGAACCUGGCUCUUUUAUCCAUUACCGUGCCCCCCACUUUCCUUCUUUAUCGUUUUCAUUUGGCCCUUCAGCCGUGUUUACUAUCGAUGCUGAAACCACAUCAGAGACACACAGCGGCAGUCCCCCCCCGUUUGUUUCUGUCUCGACAGCACAAACCAGAACCACGUAAAGAUUACCAGUUUCAUUGAGGUCAAAGUUCUCAUUCACAGAGUGGUUUUGUACCGUUGUCCAUUUCUCUCCACGUCAUCUUUAUGAAGAGAGAAGUGUCAUAAUGUUACAAAACACAGGGUUUCCUUUCUCCAAAUCAAUCAAUACCAGUAGCCUUACGCUCCUUUCUUCACCCCCACACCUCCACCUGUCCCUUUCUUUAAAUAAAGAUGGAAUUAUUUUUUUAAACUGCCUUUUUUCCCUUUCUUAUUUCCUUUACAGAUUGUAGAAUCGUCCCAGUGACACAGUUGCAUUUUGAUAUUGUGUAAAAUGACAGAAGCAGUUACGUAUGGCUUUAUUAUCGAACCAAUGGUUGAGCAGACGAACAUAUAGAUUGUAAACACUGGUUUGUAGUAGUGGAAGUGGAUUUCCAAUGACACACUGACAUCUUCUAUGCAUCCUGGGACAACACAGAAACAUGUUUGGACCUCUGGUAAAAUAAAUCCAUUUUAUGGUUGAUGUAUAAAGAA